CGGGCGGCAGGCGGGCAGGCAGGCGGGCAGGCAGGCGGCGGCCUCAGAGGGGAGACUAAGCGGUGGCGGCAGCAGUGGCGGCAGCCAGCGGCGGGGAGGCAGGCCCAGCCAGGGACUGGAGCCGGCGGCGGCUUUUCCUCACAGGGGACCAGGAGUCUGUGACCAGGCCCUCCCACUGAGGCCCAGGACCGGGAGCCCCUGGGACACCCCACCCUCCUCCGCCUUUCUCUUCCACCUGCUUCUCUCCAUCCUCCUCUCUCUCCUCCCUCUCUCUCCACCUCAUUUGCCCCCUUGUCGGCCUCUCUGGGUCUCCCAGCUCUCCAUCCUCCCCAGCCCUCCACUCCCGGGCUCUCCCCGCCCCCAGCAUGCUUUUCCCGUGGGGGCUGAGGGCUUGAGGACUCCCGGCCCUUGCCUCAACCAGGGCAGGGCCCAGGCUCCAGGGGGGAGGGGGGAAGGGGGUGGCCCCCUCCCCCAGCAGGCCCUCCCCUCCCCCACUUCUCCUGAUGGCCGGCUUCCUUUUCUCCACCCAGUCCUCGCCCCCUGUGGCCCCCCCAGGCCGGCCCGGCUAGGGGAGGGGGCGGGGGCCCUUUCCUGGGCCAGCUUCCCCCUCCCCCGGCUUUGCCUGUGCCCCCCCUUCCGUUUUCACCUUCCUCUCCUCCUUUCCUCUCUCCUUCCCCUCCAUUUGCUCCUUCCUCCUCUCCUCUCUCCCCUUCUCUCCUCCAUUUUCUCCUUUCCCCUUCCUCCCCUCCCAGGCCCGCCCUCUCCUCUUCCACCUGUCCUUCCUCCCUGCUUCUGUGGAGCUACCGUUUUGGAUUAGUUGGGGGCCACCGCCAGCGGCGGGGGAGGGGGCCCUGUGGACUGCCCUCUCCCCCCGCCCAGCCCCACCGCCACCCAACGCCGGAGCACCUCCCGCUGUCGGUCCUCGGGCCUCGAGGGAGCCCAGCCCUCCGUCCCACCAGGAUCCGUGGCGAGUGGGGGCCGCGGCAGCUGCGUCCCCAUGAGGAGGGGAGGAAGAUGCCGGCUGAGCUGCUGCUGCUGCUGAUUGUUGCCUUCGCCAGCCCCAGCUGCCAGGUGCUCUCAUCACUGCGCAUGGCUGCAAUCCUGGAUGAUCAGACAGUGUGUGGCCGCGGUGAGCGUCUGGCCUUAGCCCUGGCCCGGGAGCAGAUCAACGGGAUCAUCGAGGUCCCAGCCAAGGCCCGAGUGGAAGUAGACAUCUUUGAGCUGCAGCGGGACAGCCAGUACGAGACCACGGACACCAUGUGUCAGAUCUUGCCCAAAGGGGUUGUGUCUGUCCUCGGGCCCUCCUCCAGCCCAGCAUCUGCCUCCACUGUGAGCCAUAUCUGUGGAGAGAAGGAGAUCCCCCACAUCAAGGUGGGUCCCGAGGAGACACCCCGCCUUCAGUACCUUCGCUUCGCAUCUGUCAGCCUGUACCCCAGUAACGAGGACGUCAGCUUGGCAGUCUCCCGAAUCCUCAAGUCCUUCAACUACCCCUCUGCCAGCCUUAUCUGCGCCAAGGCUGAGUGCCUGCUGCGAUUGGAGGAACUGGUGCGUGGCUUCCUCAUCUCCAAGGAGACGCUGUCAGUGAGGAUGCUGGACGACAGCCGGGACCCCACGCCACUGCUCAAGGAGAUCCGUGAUGACAAGGUGUCCACCAUCAUCAUCGAUGCCAACGCCUCCAUCUCCCACCUCAUCCUCCGUAAGGCCUCAGAACUGGGAAUGACUUCAGCGUUUUACAAGUACAUCCUCACCACCAUGGACUUCCCCAUCCUGCAUCUGGACGGUAUUGUGGAGGACUCCUCCAACAUCCUGGGCUUCUCCAUGUUCAACACAUCCCACCCCUUCUACCCUGAGUUUGUCCGCAGCCUCAACAUGUCCUGGAGGGAGAACUGUGAAGCCAGCACCUACCCAGGCCCUGCGCUGUCAGCUGCACUGAUGUUUGAUGCCGUGCACGUGGUGGUGAGCGCUGUCCGAGAGCUGAACCGCAGCCAGGAGAUCGGUGUGAAGCCGCUGGCCUGUACGUCGGCCAACAUUUGGCCCCAUGGGACCAGCCUCAUGAACUACCUGCGCAUGGUAGAGUAUGAUGGGCUGACCGGGCGGGUCGAGUUCAACAGCAAAGGGCAGAGAACCAACUACACCCUGCGCAUCCUAGAAAAGUCCCGGCAGGGCCACCGUGAGAUUGGGGUGUGGUACUCUAACCGCACCCUGGCCAUGAAUGCCACCACCCUGGACAUCAACCUGUCGCAGACACUGGCCAACAAGACGCUGGUGGUCACAACCAUCCUGGAGAACCCGUACGUCAUGCGGCGGCCCAACUUCCAGGCCUUGUCAGGGAAUGAACGCUUCGAGGGCUUCUGCGUGGACAUGCUGCGGGAGCUGGCCGAGCUGCUGCGCUUCCGCUACCGCCUGCGGUUGGUGGAGGAUGGGCUGUACGGGGCACCCGAGCCCAACGGCUCCUGGACAGGCAUGGUUGGCGAGCUCAUCAACCGGAAGGCAGACCUGGCUGUGGCCGCCUUCACCAUCACAGCUGAGCGGGAGAAGGUCAUCGACUUUUCCAAGCCCUUCAUGACCCUGGGGAUCAGCAUCCUCUACCGAGUGCACAUGGUAUGGUUCCCCUGGAGACCAUGGGCUGCUUGCCUGUCAUGGAGGCUCGGAGGCUGCGAGUGGGAGCCAGACUUCCCCAGGACCUCAGAUGGGCCGGGCCGCAAGCCUGGCUACUUCUCCUUCCUGGACCCCUUCUCCCCUGCCGUGUGGCUCUUCAUGCUUCUUGCCUACUUGGCUGUCAGCUGUGUCCUGUUUCUAGCUGCCAGGCUGAGCCCCUACGAGUGGUAUAACCCGCACCCAUGCCUGCGCGCACGCCCCCACAUCCUGGAGAACCAGUACACGCUGGGCAACAGCCUGUGGUUUCCCGUGGGGGGCUUCAUGCAGCAGGGCUCGGAGAUCAUGCCCCGGGCGCUGUCCACGCGCUGUGUCAGCGGAGUCUGGUGGGCCUUCACCUUGAUCAUCAUCUCCUCCUACACGGCCAACCUGGCCGCCUUCCUCACCGUGCAGCGCAUGGAGGUGCCUGUGGAGUCGGCCGAUGACCUGGCAGAUCAGACCAACAUCGAGUACGGCACCAUCCAUGCUGGCUCCACCAUGACCUUCUUCCAGAAUUCACGGUACCAAACGUACCAGCGCAUGUGGAACUACAUGCAGUCGAAGCAGCCCAGCGUGUUCGUCAAGAGCACAGAAGAGGGCAUCGCCCGCGUCCUCAACUCCCGCUAUGCCUUCCUGCUCGAGUCCACCAUGAACGAGUACCACCGGCGCCUCAACUGCAACCUCACCCAGAUUGGGGGACUCCUCGACACCAAGGGCUACGGCAUCGGCAUGCCGCUGGGCUCCCCGUUCCGGGAUGAGAUCACACUGGCCAUCCUGCAGCUUCAGGAGAACAACCGGCUGGAGAUCCUGAAGCGCAAAUGGUGGGAAGGGGGCCGGUGCCCCAAGGAGGAGGACCAUCGAGCUAAAGGUUUGGGCAUGGAGAACAUUGGUGGCAUUUUUGUCGUACUCAUCUGUGGCCUCAUCAUUGCUGUCUUCGUGGCGGUCAUGGAAUUCAUAUGGUCCACACGGAGGUCAGCAGAGUCCGAGGAGGUGUCGGUGUGCCAGGAGAUGCUGCAGGAGCUGCGCCACGCCGUGUCUUGCCGCAAGACGUCGCGUUCCCGCCGGCGCCGGCGCCCGGGUGGCCCGAGCCGGGCCCUGCUGUCGCUGCGCGCAGUCCGCGAGAUGCGCCUCAGCAACGGCAAGCUGUACUCGGCCGGCGCGGGCGGGGAUGCGGGCGGCGCGCACGGGGGCCCGCAGCGCCUCCUGGACGACCCGGGACCCCCCAGCGGAGCCCGACCCGCUGCCCCCACCCCCUGCACCCACGUGCGCGUCUGCCAGGAGUGCCGGCGCAUCCAGGCGCUGCGGGCCUCGGGGGCCGGCGCGCCCCCGCGUAGCCUGGGCGCCCCCACCGAAGCUACCAGCCCGCCCCGGCCGCGGCCUGGCCCCGCCGGUUCCCGGGAGCUGGCAGAGCACGAGUGACCACGGGCGGGGCCGUUCGGGCGCCCGAACUGACCGCAGGGACGGGGUCUGCCCCAGGCCCCAGCAGUCCCCGCUCCCCCAGCGGGCGCGGGACAGGCCUUGUGCGCCGGCGCCCCGGACGUCGCGAUUUUGCCUUUGGUUCCCGGUGAAGUCCGAGGCCCGGCUCUGGAGCCCGCCUGCGCCCCGCAGUGGACUCACAAGAGGGUGCCGCGGGUGAGAAGGGCGCAGGAACCGAGGACUCCAGGGGCUGGGGACUUCGGGGGCCGCUCUGGGAAGCGGAAAGCAGUCAGCGGGGAGGACCCCAUUCUGGAACUGCUCAGGCUCCCCAAGACUUGAUGCAGCCCCCCACGCUUCUGGAGGUGGGGAGGGCCUCUGGACAGAUGGGUGUCCCCUGGUGCCCCUCCACUCUUCUCUUCCUCUCUUUUUUGGGGGGAGAAACCUCGGAAUUUCUAUGAGACCCCCCAGGGAGGGGGUCAGUUGGGCCCCCAUCCCUCCCCUUGCCACAUCUCAGCCCCUGUUGGAAUAAAAAAAAGAACAAAACCCCAGAACUGGG